GGAGCAGGAAGGAGCCGCAUACGGGCCUCGGCGAGCAGCUCCCGCGGGGCGGCCAGAGCCUGCUCCGCCCGCACGGCUCGGCCCGGCUCGGCUCGGCACGGCGCGGCCCGCUCCGCUCGCUCGGCCCGCUCGGCCCCCGCCCGCCUUUUGCGUUGAAGAUGGCGGGUGGCGUGGACGGCCCCAUAGGGAUCCCGUUCCCCGAUCACAGCAGUGACAUCCUCAGCAGUCUGAAUGAGCAGAGAAACAACGGGCUGUUGUGCGACGUGGUCAUCUUGGUGGAAGGCCAGGAGUUCCCCACCCACCGCUCCGUCCUGGCAGCGUGCAGCCAGUACUUCAAGAAGCUUUUCACCUCAGGGUUAGUGGUGGACCAGCAAAACGUGUAUGAGAUAGACUUUGUGAGUGCAGACGCCUUGUCGGCUCUGCUGGAGUUCGCUUACACCGCAACCCUUACUGUCAGCACUUCGAACGUCAAUGACAUCCUCAAUGCUGCCACACUGCUGGAGAUCCCGGCAGUAAGGGAUGUUUGCACGGAUCUCCUGGACAGGAAGAUUCUGGCCAAAAAUGACCAGAUGGAUACAGUAGAUCAAAUUGAUCAAAGGAACCAUCUCAGAGCAAAAGAGUACCUGGAGUUCUUCCAGAGCAACCCUGUCAAUGGCCACCAAGGCAGCUUUCCGUGGACCAACCCAGAGUUGAGAGACCUUCAGAGACUGAACUUCCGAGGCCAAGAGGAGGAGGAGGAGCCGGACUGCAAUGGCAUGGACUUCUACUCGCAAGCCCCUCUAAACGAAAGACCAAAGGUGAAUGACUGUGAUCCUGACAGCAACCCAGCCAUGUGGCUGGACAGAGAGGAGGAGGAGGCGGUGGCUCCUGGCUCUCUAUUUUCACCUUCUCAGAAUGGACAUUACAGCAGCCGUGGCCUGCCCACACCGGGAGAAGAGGAGGGGACCCUGGGGGGGCCUCUGGACCAGCAGGAAGCCGGCGACUCCCCCAGCUUCGCUCCUGCUGGAGCGGACACGGAGGAUGAUGCGAGGGAGGUGGAUGGCUUGGCUGCUAGUGCCCUGCUACAGCAAAUGAUGAAUUCUGUGGGGAGACAGCAGCUCGGGGAGGAUGACCGAAAGGAUGAUGAUGGGGUCAUGGAUUAUUACUUGAAAUAUUUCGGCAGUUCGAAUGAGGGCGAUGUGUAUCCGUCCUGGUCCCAGAAGGUGGAGAAGAAGAUCAGGGCAAAAGCAUUCCAAAAGUGCCCCAUCUGUGAGAAGGUGAUCCAGGGGGCUGGCAAGCUGCCGCGCCACAUCCGCACCCACACCGGGGAGAAGCCCUACGAGUGCAACAUUUGCAAAGUCCGAUUCACCAGGCAGGACAAGCUGAAGGUUCACAUGAGGAAGCACACGGGGGAGAAGCCGUACUUGUGCCAGCAAUGCGGCGCCGCUUUCGCUCACAACUACGACUUGAAGAACCACAUGCGCGUCCACACCGGCCUGCGGCCCUACCAGUGCGACAGCUGCCGCAAGACUUUCGUCCGCUCCGACCACUUGCAUAGGCACCUUAAAAAAGAUGGAUGCAACGGUAUUCCAUCCAGGAGGGGCCGUAAACCCCGGGUGAGAGAUGCUGGGGAUCUGCCUACCACCCCUACGGGGAACCCCGAAGAUGGAAGUUUUCAAGUUGGUGGGGAGAGUCAAGAAUCAGAGGACACCCCUCAGAGGGACGGCGAGGAGCAGCAGCACUUUGAGGAUACAAAUAAUGAAGCAUCAGGAUUGAAUGUAGCAGGAGGGUCGUCUGAGGGUAACACGCAAGGACUCUCCUAAACCAAAAAAACAGAGUGUCACAAAAUCUAGUUAGUACUUUUCCUCCGAUUUUUCUCUUUAAAGAUGUUUCUCUCCCUUUUUUUUAAAAAAAAAAACAGAAAAAAAAUAUAUAUAUAUUACGUUUCCAAUCUUCCCAUCGUAAGCAGGGCUCCCCCAAGGAUCCCUCAGUAGCCAAGACCUUUUCUUGGAAAGGCAGACGCUAGGAAGCACGGGGUGGGUGAUGGAAAGUGGCUCUGUCGCAUGGAAAAGAGCUUCCAUGUAAAUCCAAAGCUUUAUUUUGUGUCCAAACACACGUUAAAAAAAAAAAAACAAAAAACAAAAAAAAACUUAUUUCAGAGAGAGAUCUAUUUAAGGAAAAAAAAAGCAAAAAUCGAAAAAAAAAAAAAGUGGUAGGAGCAGAAGGGCUCUUUCAGGGCGGGCGGUACACGGUGCCUCGGAGGGCCGGGGGAGCGGGGCAGCCUUCCCCCCUCCGCUUUUUGGGAAUUGAAGCUCCGGUGGCGCGAGAUGUUGUGGUUGCUGCGUCCCGGGACAGAGGUGGGUCGUUUUUUUUGGGGUAGCGGGUGCGGGUCCUUUCCACCAGCCCUGGUGCGAAGCUGAAUUUGCCAGAGAGGGGAGCCGACAGCUGUGGGUCGGUGUAGAAAAUGGCCCAAAAUUGCCGAAAAUUGCCUAAUCGUGUGAGUGGAUGAGCAGGAUUUUGCAGGGCUGCGGUCAGCAGCGGGUGGCCGACACGUGGGGCUGGGGACACCCGGGGCAGGGGACGCCCGGGGGCUGGGGACACCCGGGGCUGGGGACACCCGGGGCUGGGGACGCUGGCUUGGCUGGAGCACCUGCCACCACACCAGUGCAUCCAUCCCAGUGCCCAUCCCUGCAUCCAUCCCCAUCCCGGCGGGUGCGGCAGGUGCCGGGAAGGGGCUGAGCUGGACCUGGCACAGCGCAGAUCCCACCAGGCCCUUCCCAGCACCCGCCCCCCCGGCAGAAUUUGGGUCUGGGGGGGGAACACCCCCCCUCCCCUCCUCCCCCCCCGUAUAUUUUAGGCACUGAGUCAACGCAGCAGUGUUCCCGCACGCCCCGAAAGCGCCUAAAAAUGGCAAAUUCCUUCUAAAAAAGGUUAUUUGAGGUCUCCCUUAAAGGGGCAGGAGACCUUUGGGCGGGGGGGGAGGCGAGCUGCAGUGGCCCUGGCUCCCCCAGCCCCCAUUCCCAAAUUAUAUAUAUAUAUAUAGUAUAUAUAGAUGCUAUAUGGCUCUAGAGGCGGGUAUAUAACCCUCGGGGUUAGCAGAGGAUAAGAAAAGGCACCUUUCAGCUGGUCACCUGUUUUCUGAAUGCACAUUUUUAAAUGAAAAAGAGAUUUUAAGCCCUUUUAUUUUGAAAGCACUUUUUAGAUUCUCUUCCUUUUUUUUUUUUUUGGUUUUGUUUUGGUUUUUUUUUCCUUUUGGUGUUUUGUUUUUACUUUCAAAGCAAGAGCAGGUUUGGCCGAAUGUAUUUUGGAGAGGGAGUGAGAGGGGAGUGUGUGCUGGGGGGGAGGGCUGAGUGGUGGGGGUGGGGAAGAGAUGGAUGUUUAUUUAAUGCAGAAAAAGCAAUAAAAAAUAAAAAAAAAACCAUGCUAAAAAAAUAAAAAAAAAACAAACAAAGAAGUCUUAGCACUUUGCAAUGGAACGGGUACUUUGAGAUCACUUUAUCUUAAUUUAAAAAGCAAAAGCAAAACAUGUUUACAAAUGAAAACCAACUUCUACGGAAAAAAAAAUAUUAUUAAAAAAAAAAUCCUAAAUUUAUUUUUGUAAGAAAAAUGUGUAUAUAUAUAUAUAUAUUUAAAAAAGAAAAACAAAACCAUAGGCAGAAUCCAAGUUAUAUUUCAUGGAGUAAUAAAAGCCGCAAGGUGUCCGAUGGGAGGAACGAUGCUAAUUAGGUUCUGUGACAUGCCCUGACACCAGACCCUCCGAAGUCAUUGCACUUCACGAAUUAAAAAACAAAAAAAACCAUGGAAGCUUGAAUUUUAGGCAGGAAUCAUGGGGUUUUGUUUUGGUUUUGUGUAUUGUUCAUUUUUCCCCACACCCUUUAUUAUAAUUUUUUUUAAAAUUUUAUUUCUUUGAUGUUUUCUAGCCAGUGCUAGUCCAGACGUCUCUCCCACCCACCCCGGAGCCGGGGGGGCCGUGAUGCUCCCCAUGGGCUUCGCAUCCCUCCCGGUUCCCCCCUGGGCCGGCAAAUUCAGAUUUGGGCAUCGAAUCCUCCUGGGAAGGUGCUGGAGGGACUCAGAUCCAGGCCGGCAGCGGGGGCUCUGGGGUGGGGAGGGCUCAGCAGCAACCCCCCCCCAGUGAGACCCCGGCCGGGCUGAACCUUUGCGUAGCACUGGCUAAUUCUGGCAUAUUUAAAAAAAACAAAAAAACAAAAAAACAAAAACCAACAAAAAAAAUUAAGCGUGGAUUUGUAAAUAGACAUUUACUUGAGGUUCUUUAUUGUAA